AUGCCCGCCAGAAAGCGCGCCCGCCAGGAGGCCGAACUAGACAACAGCAUUGUCGCCGUAGAGAAGGCACAACCUCACAAUGAAACCCUGGUCCGUCUACGGAACAUGUGGCAGUUUGCCGCUCUCAUGCAAUACAUGUACCUCUUCGGCAAACCCGUCAAGAUCGAUCCCGAAUUCGACAUGGAGGAUCUAGAGCAUGAAUGUCUAAGACCCGAAUCAUCAGAGAAGCUGGCCGAGAUUGGCCUCACCCUGCUCAAAUUCGUCUCCUCGCAUAGAGGACUCAACUUCGACAACUUUGACGAAUACACACGCCGCCAAUUUGUCGCCAAAGCACCACAGCGCAAUCCAUACGGCACUGAUGAGAUCCCCAACAAAUUUGCUGACUUUGACGUCUUCACAAAAAUCCGCGUCCUGCAUCAACUUUCGACAUGGACCCUCUGGAAUGCAGAGCGUAUGCGUGGCUUGAUGGAAGAGAAGGAUAGCGAACAGACUCAAUGGCGCAUCGAAGAACUUGGUUGGGAUUCUCAGGAUCGCUCCUACUUCGUACUGGACGAUGACCGCUUGUAUCGCCGCACCGACGCACCGCUACCACCCGCUCCCGCUCCCAAACCCAAAGCAAAGGCCAAGCCACGCCGGUCUCGCGGCUCCCGUGCUAGUAAACGCAUAAAGCUGGACACUUCGGCCCAAGAGAGUGAAGCCGAGGGAGAAGAGCAGGAAACCACCGAGAUGGAAGUCAAGAACGACGAAACGACUGAAGAUGACGGCUUUGGCGGCAUGAAAUGGGAGUGUAUCGCUGUCACAUACGAGGACUACACAAUCUUCCUGGAGUCACUUCGCAAAAGUCGGGAUCCGAACGAGAAGGCUCUUGUCAAGCGCAUCAACGAACAGAUCAUGCCCACUCUAGAAAAGCGUGUUGAAGCACAACGUCAGAAAAUGCUCAAAAAGCAACGGGAAUUGGAGAACUUGCAGAAGAUGGCCACAGCAAAGAGAUCAAGCAGACUUGCUGGCAAGGCAGAACAGCGCAAGGCCGAAGAGGAGGCAGCCGAAGCAGAGAGGAAACGACAGGCUGAGCUUGAGAUGGCUCGCAAGGAGCAGCUGAAACAAAGCAAGAUGGAAGAUGCACGCGAGUCGCGCAUGCUCACCAGAGAACAGAGGCUCAAGGAGCGCGAAGUCAAGCGCAUCUUGCAUGAGGAAGAGCUUCGCAAGCUCGAAGAGAACCAGAAGAGUUUAGAGAAUGGCGAUGAAACUGAAGGUCGCCUGUCUGAGCGUCACCUGAAGGCCGAGAUGGAGAGAAGACAGAAAGAGUUGGACGCGCUGGCUGAAGAGGAUGACGAAUGGAUGUUCGAUUGUGCAGUUUGUGGCAAGCACGGUCAGAAUUACGAUGACGGUACUCACUCGAUUGCUUGCGAAAGGUGCAACACCUGGCAACACUCGAAAUGCCACGGCAUCGAUGAGAAGGACGCAGAGAAGGAUGAUUUCCAUUUCAUUUGCACCGGCUGCCAAAAGAAGCCAAAGCUACACCUGCACUUGAAACAAAAGGAAGCUGCUGCACAAGACGCCCCUCGCGGUCCCCAGCUCGAGGCUGUCGAGAUAACUUCGACUCCUCGUUCGGCCGCCCGACGCUACAACCUUCUCGAUGGCCCUUCGCUUUCGCCAUCAGGCCAAAGCCCUGGUCCACCAGGCUACCAUCGUCCAGCUGGUCCUCCACCAGUUGGUAUCCCUCAGCAAGCAUGGAACGGCACUGCCUUACCUCCACCUGCUCGUCCUUCUUCCAACUACGGCAGUUCUCCUCCACCUCCCGCAAAAAACACUAACGAUAAUGACCUCUCUGCGCUACACGCUCAAGCUCAUGCCGGCGCCAUGUCAGCACACUCGAUACAUCCUCCGGUUUUGCAGCCCAGUGGUUUGCAAAUGGGUCCGCCCUCGCCCACCAAAGGCUCUCGACCGUCAUCAUCUCAUGGACUCUCAGAACACCGCACGAAUGGCUCAGCGACUCCUCACCAUCACCAACCAUCCAGAAACAGCCUCUCGCCUUCUGGUCGACGCCUCUUCCAGAGUCCCAAUACCUCCUUCCCUCCUCCCGCUCUACCACAGCAACAACAACGUGCCGCCGCCCACUCCCCAACUAAACAACCCAGCUCCUCACCCUCACACCCUCAAUCUUUUCACACACCUGCCGCCAACGCUACACCCUACACUUAUCAAAACACCUCUACUGUAACACCCGCCUCAGCAGCAACAAACAUCCUCCGCGCCGGUCCUCACAUGCAGAGCUCGCCUUUGCCACCUCUUCCUGCAGGCAACACACCUCUUAUUCCUACCAAACACGAUACACCACGCCCUGUGUCCCGAGACAGCAUGGCUGAAACUCCAGUGGUGCCACCUAUUACGGCGUUGAGCCCGAGCCCCGCUAUCUUCAUGCCUUCUAUGCCUGCAGCGCCACCCGAGGGUGUUGAAGGUGUAGAGACUUCGCUUGGCGUUGGUAGUGUUCCUGUCAAGAAGAUGCCCCCUAAUGCCAAUCAAGAGAGUGACGGCGAUAUCAGUAUGGCUGAUAUGUAA